AAUAUCCCAAAUAAUUUUCUACGGAUGUUUGGACGUUUUCAGAUAGCUACAGGUUCAGUUAUGAGAAAAUUGUAGACUGACAAAACAACCCAAAAUAUCUAGCACCGGUUAGGCAUCUAGUUGGCGAGUUGUUUAAUCACUGCUUUGCCAAGGGCAUGCCCCUUCUUACGACAUUGCAGAUAGCGAAGGGAAGGUGUUUGAUAACUAUUACAUCAUGUGUUGUCUUAGAAUCACCCUCUUUUUAAUUCAACUUGUAUCAGUUAGUUUUUCAGGGACAGCGUCCCCAUCACUUAGGCUACCAUCAAUCUUACAGCAGGAAGAAACUUAAUGUGCGUGAACAAACGCUAUUCUGGCUUGUGAAUGCUGUCAGUAUAGUAACCAGUACUGUAGUCCUCGUACUGUAACAUUAUUUUAUUUAUUUAAAAGAACAAAUAUUUUUGUUCGUCCUCGUCUGAAAGUUACACUAUCGGACCCGAGCACAUAGCCUCGGUCGUAUAAUAAUAUAAACGUUUAUGUCUAUGGCCUCGAUAUCAUUCCACUUUAUCUCGCGAGAUCAAAUGCCCACCGAAUGCGAUGUUGGCGAGCUGUUGUGUCUGACGAUCGCUCUGCGUGGGGGUGCUCGCCUGCUUCUUGAUGUCAUUUGCUUGGAAGAGAAUGGUAGUGCGGAUCGGUAGAUCCUUAUUUUACUUCAGUUGCUAAGGAGAGCCCUUAACGGCAUCGUGCUCAGACUGAUCAUACUAGUCCACGCCGCAGGCAGAUACACAUUCUUACUUCUCUACGUGGUGCGGGAGACCGCUUACCAGUUUUGCCUUGCUAGUUCGUGCAGAUGCGUUUCCAGGGGAGGAAAAGGGGGCAUGAUUAAGCAAGAGAAGGACUGCUCCGCUUGUCCAACGGGAGAGCUGAAAACAAGGACAUGGUGCUGUGCAUAGAAUCGCGGCCUGUAUUUACACCUCUUUCGCCAUAAUCGUGUGUUUUUUAUUACACAUUCUAAUCGCUCGUUCAAAUGGGUGCCUGGGCGUCAAGUCCGUCUAGGCCCGCCGUCCGGCACACAGAGCUCGACUGUGGGGAAAUAGUGGUCAGCUACUAGCGGCUCGGCUAGCUGCAUUUACCCAAUGCUGCUACCGCUGCUGUGUAGAGGAUCUACGAGAAGAGAAGCUGGAGCCUUGGGCCCACGCUUUCAGAUUGUGCGAUCUGUUCGUUUGGAGUACGGCUCAGGACGAAACCAGCCCCACGGAUAUGUGACACCGCAUUUUCCCCUGCACUUAAAUGGAAGGCGUAUUGAACUUCUCCCGUUGAUGUGAGAGCCGUAUUGCGCCGCAAUGUGGCUAGAAAAUAAGGGAAGACUAAGCCUGUAACUGGGGCUCUGUUGGAGGGGGCUAGGUAAACACAGACCCUGUAAAAUCUUAAGUGAAAAGGGCUCCACACUCAUCGGUUUGGAUCGGUCUGAAGUGUCCUCUUCACCUUCCAAUUUCAAGGCAAAUAGACUUCAUCUGAGAUGGAUAAGCUAACCAUAAUUUCAGGAUGUCUCUUCCUGGCCGCAGACAUAUUUGCAAUUGCUAGCAUUGCAAACCCUGACUGGAUCAACACGGGCGAGUCGGCAGGCGCUCUGACGGUAGGGCUGGUGCGGCAGUGCCAGACGAUCCACGGCCGCGACCGCACCUGCAUCCCGCCGCGGCUCCCACCUGAGUGGGUCACCACGCUCUUCUUCAUCAUCAUGGGCAUCAUCUCCCUCACAGUCACCUGCGGGCUGCUGGUGGCCUCACACUGGCGCCGGGAGGCCACCAAGUACGCCCGCUGGAUCGCCUUCACUGGGAUGAUCCUGUUCUGUAUGGCUGCCCUCAUCUUCCCAAUAGGGUUUUACAUUAACGAGGUGGGGGGGCAGCCCUACAAGCUGCCCAACAACACGGUGGUGGGCUCCUCCUACGUGCUCUUCGUCCUCUCCAUCUUCUUCACGAUAGUGGGGCUGCUGUUCGCCGGGAAGGUCUGCCUGCCCGGCUGAAGGACCCUUCUGCCCCGGCCUCAACUGUGGGCUUUUUUGAGACAAGACGAAGGAAGGACAAAAUAAAUGAACAAAUAAAACCGAAAAACAGAUUAAUGGCGCUAGAGGAAGGGACAUCCGCACGGGGCGGCAACGAGGAGAAACCACACUUAAGCAUUGAAAAAAAAUUAUAAAAUAGUGCCAAUAGAGAACAAAAUCCAAACAAACUGCACUCAGUCAUAUAGCUGCAAGAGGGUCCUGAUAUGAAUGUCCCCCCCCCCCCCUCUCCCUUCCUCACUCCUGUGCUUACACAAGUGUCUGUCUUUAUGUUGCACUUUCGGAGGGGGGUUUAGAGAUGAUAGGAAGUGAGGGAGAGAGAGAGAGAGAGGACGGCAGAGAGAAGUGAACAGUACAGCAGCGAUGCCUGUGGUUGAAUCGGUAGGUCACCAUGACGCCAGUAUUUUGUGACAUAACUGUUUUCAGAGGCAGUGUAUGUCCUUGUAAGAAGCCUUUGCCCAACACUUUUCUUUUUUUUUUUUUCUCUUUUUUUUUUUAUAUAUAUAUUUUGCUUCAGUUUCUUUUCACCUUCCAUCUUUGGGCCAUCAUUUUCACCUGUGGGGUUUUAAGUUUCUUCCCAUUAGAUGUGGAGCGGGGAGCCACGUGUCUUUGACCAUUGGAGGUUCACUCCUUCUUCCCCCUCACCAAGGGCAGCUGAGGGGGAGGGUUAAGCGAGGUUGUAGAGCCAUGGCUGUGCUAGAAAACAGAGAGACAGGAGGAGGUCCUGAGGGGUGAGAAAGAUAGGACUGCAGGUUCGGAGAUAACAGGGCUUCUAGGAGGGCUCUUUGGCAUCCUCAGUCACUUCAACCCCCUCAACAGGGAGGAGGCGUCUUGCAGAGAAGCAGCAGCAGCAGGAGGAGAAGAAGAAGAUGUCAAAGAGAAGAGGGAGACCACUGGGACACCGGGGGAUCUCUCUUGUUAGCUUCUUAGAGCUCCCAUGCUGCUCCACAACAAAGGCCAAAAGAAGGACACAGAUGGAUGACAGGAGAGAAUAGCCAGAGGAAAGGAUUAAGGUUUGAUCACAGGCUCAGUUCAAAGACGCUCAACAGCAAUCAGGACUGCUGGUCAGGACCUUGUGGAACUGAGCCUCAACGUGCUCCAAUGUGAUGCUGCUGAAUAGUAUCACAUAUGGGCAUACGCACACACACACUCAUAGACAGAUAUACACGGUGUGACCAAACUGAAUGGAACUCUCCUUACCCACCUCCCUCCUCGUGUCCCCCAUGUGCUGGGUUUAAUCGAAAUCUGUUUUGUUCUGUUUCGACUCUUUCAGCUACAGAGUGUUUGUUUGUCUUUUUUUUUUGUUGCCAUUCUUUUACCUUCCUGACGCUGUUGUGCCAUGAAUGGAUAGCCUGCUUCUGAGGGAGCACUGUGCAUUAAAGUGCACAGCCAGCAGUACAGGCUAAGUUCAGACACAAAGUUCUUACCUCAUUGUUUGUAACCCUUUGUUAAAUAACAGUAUCAUGUGUGCCCUAUAAGUUAUGUGCUUUCCUGAGCAGAAAUGUGGCAACUGAAACCCUGACCAUGUUGCAUUUAUGACACUAUUUACCUUACACUGAAUAAGAGAGUGGCAAGCUUUCUGCAGGUAAAAAGCCCUCUUUUUUGCCACUUGCUUCUGAAGAUGAAGAGAUGUGCCCGUCUUUUAUCUGUCUACAUCUUUGAGGAUGCUGCAUAAAGGAAGUGAAUAUUCUCCAAGCUCUAAGACCAUUAAGGGAUCUCGAGGGUGAUGUCUGUUCAAAGGAAAGGUUACAAUUCUCCUGAAAAAUGAUGGUCUGUUUUCAUUGAAAUGGCAUCAUUUAUUUAUUUAUUUUUUUCCUCACUGCCUAUUGUGUUUGAACUAUCUGCACAAAAAACAGAUUUCUCAAUGGCCUUUAUUUUUUGAAGCUCUCAAGCUUCGUCAGACUUUGCAUUUCAUGUGAAAGAGUUUGCUACCAUGUGAGUAGGGUCAGGAAUAUAACAGUGUUUUUCUAGAUUACAAAAGCAGGACGCUUGUUCAGGACUGUGUUUCCUGAAAGCGACGUUGCGCAACCACUGAGGUAACCGUGGAGAGAGAGUGUUCUAAACGAGUCUCUCUAUCAUUUAACUACGGUAGUUGCUCAACAACGCUUUCAGGAAAUGCACCCCAGUUAAACCAGUGGCGACCAGUGCAAGUUUUAGUUGGUGGGCUAAGGCUAACGACGUACAAGAUUACUGACAAGAAUAGGCAAUUGAAAUAACAGGAAAUUGUUCCCCAUGACAAAACAUUAAUGGUCCUAUUACAUCCUAUGACUUAAUGUUACACGUUGACUAGAACCUUUGUUCCAAGAAAAGAAGUUGGUGACAUUUUCAAAAUGACUCCAAUAUCCAGAACUGUAUACAAUUCUCUCUGGAUUAGCUUAGGGAAAGUCUAAAAAUGCUGGGGAAUUCCUCAAUCGUGCAAGCUUGAUUUUGUGAGAGGGAAUCAAGGAUACAUACAAUCGGACAUAACUGGGCCAUCCUUUUUACAGUGUCCAUGCCAAACUGCUCCCUCCAGCUAGCUGCUAGGCUACCAUGACUUAAUGAAUCCGCACUGUAGCUGCUUUUUCAAAUAGUACAGAUUUUUCAAAUAGUCUCCAGUACCAAAUAACAGCAUUACUCAAAAGCUAUCACUAUCCUAAAUGAAUUGUGGUCUUUGAUCCUAUACCAUACCCAACUUUUGCCCUUGAGCAGCAACCAUACUUGCCCCAGCUGGGCACAUUGUUAAGCUGAGUCAUUUCUCAUCCCUCGUCACCAACAUCAGUUUUUCAGUUGUCAAUUCUAUGUUGGGACCACUGUAAAUGUCAAAUUGCCAUUAAGGGAUGGUAAUCUUUAUGGAAGGCUGAUUAUGAUUGGUGUAUGGUUAGUAAGGAAGAGCAUGACAACAUGGUGAAUAAAGAGGGACAUACAGCUACACAAUAAGGAACCCACUGUAAGUUGAUAGGAGUCCAGGCGGACUGACGCUUGUUUGGUCAUUUGUAUGUCUGUUGUGUGGGGGCCUUAUCCCAGCACUCGCCAGGCACCGGCCGCCACUGAUUUAAAGCUGUAAAGAUCUGAGUCGGCAGUAAAAACUAUAACCAGAAAUUUUAACUCCACUAGCACAAAUAUUAUAAACGCACUGUUAGGAUAUCAGAAAAAGAGAUAAAGGAAACCUAACACUAAGUACAACUCAGUAUUGUCUCCACAGCUUUGCAAACCUGUUGAGAGCUCACUACAGUGACUUUAUACAUGUCAAAGAUUUUUUUUGGAGGGGGGGGGGUCACUUAAUAGACAUUUUUGUGGCGGGGUGGAAGACAAAGCCUGCUAUGGCAAACAUGAACUCUUAAAGACUGCUUUAAUGUUUUGUUAAUGUUAAAGUUUUUUGUUUCCUUUUUGCAAAAAAGUAACUCAAUUUGUUUUGUAAAGGAUUAUGAAGUUAAUAUUUAUAAUUUAAAAAAGGGACGAAUAAACAUGUAUUCACAA